AUGCUCCCGGAGAAACAGCUCCAGUGCAGCGUCUGCCAGCAGGUGUUCACCGACCCAGUCACCACUCCCUGUGGACACAAUUUCUGCCAAGCCUGCAUAGGGCAGAUGUGGGACCGCAGUGACGUCUGCCAGUGCCCCACCUGCAACAAGAGGUUCCCCUCGAGGCCUGAAAUGAGCAUCAACACGGCCCUCAAAGAGCUUGCGGACGCUUUAAGACAAAUGGCCGCCGGCCCUCCGGCCUCCGCUCCGGCCGCGGCCAAGCCGGGUGAGGUGGCGUGCGACGUGUGCGCCGUCGCCUCGCUGCAGGUCAGGGCCCUCAAGUCCUGCCUGGUGUGUCUGACGUCGUUCUGCGACGCCCACCUGGAGCCGCACCGGAGGGUCGCCACCCUCAAGCUGCACAAGCUGCUGGAGCCCGUGACGGACCUGCAGGACAGGAUGUGCAAGAAGCACGAGAGGCUGCUUGAGAUGUUCUGCCGGGAGGACCGGACGUGCGUCUGCCAGUUCUGCACCGAGACGGAGCACAAGGGCCACCGGGCGGUCACCAUAGAGGACGAGAGCAAGGAGAGGAAGGCCCACAUGAAGCAGACCGAGGCAGAGUUUCAGCAGACCAUCCAGGAGCGGCAGAAGAAAAUUGAAGACAUCAAAAACUGUCUGAAGCUGAGCACACUGAGUGCCGAGAAGGAGAAGAAGGCGAGCGACAGUCUCUUCACGUCGUUGAUCCACUCGACGAAGGAGAGACAAGCCGAGGCCAACGCAGAAAUCGAGGCGAAGCAGAGAGCGGAGGAGAAGAGGGCCGAGGAGCUCAUCGACGAGCUUCAGCUGGAGAUCACCGAGCUGCAGAGGAGGAGCGCUGAGCUGAAGGAGCUGGAGGACACCGAUGACCACCUGCACCUCCUGCAGAGAUUGCCCUCUGUUGUGUCGCCUCGACCCACCAACAGGGAGUGGACAGAAACCAGGAUCUACCCUGAGCUUUGUGUGGGAACAGUGAGGAGAACGCUCUCCAGACUGGCCCACACGCUGAAGAAGGAUCUGGAUAGCUUGAAGGAAGAAG